UCAGUGCAUUAUAAAAGGGGCUGCCUCACUCCAUUUGAGGAGCUGGAGUCGGGAGGCAGAGGGCGGAGAUUGUGAGUGGAGGAGUGAGGAUGGCAGUGAAGAAGAAAAGAGAAAUAAAAAGGACUGAGUGUAAUGGGAGUGUUUGGUGGACUGUAUUGUGUGUGUAGGUGCAGAAGAAUAAUUAAACGUGUCCCCUGCCAUGGAUUUUUUUGAUGCUGAACCAUUUCCUCCAGACAAUCAAACCUCCAAGACAUCACCAAGUAGUGACCUCUCCUCUCUUUUCCUAAAUGAAAAUCCAUCACCCAUCAUGGGGGAACAGCAAAGUCUCGAUCAGUCGCUGGGCAUUGUCCAGACAGGCAUUUCUCAGAAUGAUCCUUGGGUUAUUUGUAACCAGGUCACUCCAAGUAUAAGUCAGAUGACUUCACCUCUUGCCAGUCCAGGGUCUCCUGACUGGUUCUCUGGGUCAUCUGUUUCAUCUGACUCUUGGGGAGCACCAGAUGUGUGGACCAAUAUGCCUCCUGAGAGCCCCUUAUCUCCAUCUGAACCCUUGUCUGCUACUGUUCCUUUUGAGGCCUGGCUCCGAACAACAAACAGCCAACCAUCUUUUGUCUCACCCCAAUCCCCCACCAGUGGGAUACAACUUCAAAAUUCCCCUACUCCUGUUCCUGCUGGCUCCCACUUCCCAAGGAUGGUCUUUCCAACCUGGACGGGUGGCACUGAAUUACAGAGUGACUCUUGUGCAGCCCUAUGCUCCUGGCAACAGGAAGAAAUGUUGACAUCCGACUGUUGAAUGUAUGUUCCACAUAUCUUCACAUCAUUAUGAGACCCACCAUGCAGCUCCAGAUAUUUUUGUCUGAAAUGAACAACAUCAGAAGACAAAGCAUUGAAGGACCUCCGGGGAAGAGGGUGUUGGUCAGAUGAAGAGGAUGUCAGUUCCCAGUGUCAUGGAAUAAAUGACUGAUGGAAAAUUCCUUUGGAAUAAACAACCAAGCAAUUGAUCAGUUCACAUUACCCACGCUCUCCUUACUGUGGUGGUAACUUUUUAAA